AUGAAUGGCACGAAGUUUGAGGGCAGCACUCUCAGCGUCUCCAAAGCCAAUCGGAGCAGGGAGGAGGCACGUGCAGAGACGGGGCGCGACGACGGGAAGCGGAAACGGUCCAAGUCACGGCGCAGCAGACGAAGAUCCACCAGCCGAGGACGAAGACGUCGCUCUCGAUCCAGGUCACGAUCUUCUCGGCCGCGGCGGCAGAGAUGCGAGUCGAGUGACAGCGGGCGAAAGCGCAGGCGUCGCAGCAAGAGUGCCAGCAGUCGAAGCAGCCGCAGCCGCAGUCGCAGUCGGCGAUGA